AUGGAUGAUGAAUAUCCUUACUCCCAGUUCCAAAUACAUAAUUGUCCUGUGACUUUUUUGACCUCUUCUCCCUCAGGAAAACUUGUGCUAGCUGGUUUUGAAGAUGGAAAGAUCAAAGUUUUGAAUUUACAGAAUAACGUUCGAAAUGAGGAAAUGUUCAUGAAUUUGACCGAUACAAUAUCCACGGUUUCAAAAAAGAUCACCAGCAUAAACUUCAAUUUGUCAACUAAUCUCAAUGAAAUCUUAUUAUCGUCUGGUAACACCAUUACUCAGUUCGACUAUCACAAAAGUGAAAGCAUUCGAAGAAUUACCGAUGAUAGAAGUUGGUUGAUUAAUAAUAACUGUAAUUACUUGAAUAGCGAUUUGGUAGCUGCUAUUGAUAACGAUAAUAGUUUGAAAUUGUAUGAUUUGAAAAAUAAGUCCAAUAAGCCGGUCCAAGUUUUCCGUAAUUCAACCGAUAGCUUGACUUGUUUUGAUUUCAAAAAACAAAGAAAUUGGUUCAUUGCAUGUGGAACCAAUGACGGUAAUAUCUUCAGCUAUGAUUUGAGGAUGGAGAAAUUGAUCAUUGAUAAAUUUGCUUCAUAUAUUAAUGAAACAAAAAACCAUUCAAAUGAAAAAUAUCCCAUCACUUCGGUAUCAUUAUCUGAUGGUCCAAAUAUUACAAAAUCAUCUUCAAAGUAUGCAUUAAUUGGAAGCCUUCACAAUCAAUUAAAACUUAUGGAUCUUGAUAUUGGAAGCUUAACCCAAUCGUCGACAAAAUUUAUUUCCAACUAUAAUGAAUAUUCCAUUAAUAGAGACAUAUCAAACUUACAACUGAGGCAAGACUUCGAUAGAAAAAUACCUGACAAAAGUUAUCAAAUUGAAGCCAAGAUUUUCAACACUGAUAAAAAUGUGAUCUCAGGUUCAGAGACGGGCGAAGUUUACGUUUGGAACUUCAGUAAUCCAAAAAAGGGCAAAGACAAUUUGAUACUAAAAACUUACAAUAAUUACAUGAUCAAUGAGACCCAAAGUAAUAAACUUCUUCUGAACGUAUCUCACCUUGGAGGGGUAAAUUGUGUAUUAGCUGGAGGAGGCGACGGCAAGUUACAUUUGUGGGAAAAUGUCAACUUGAAUUGA